AUGGCUUUGGAGAAAGCAUUUCAAAAUAACUCUAGGGAGCAAUGUGAUGGUGAAGUAGCAAGAAUGUUUUACACAGGUGGUUUGUCUUUCAACCUUGCAAGAAAUCCUCAUUAUCGCUUGUCAUACGCGCGUGCUUCUAGCCUUCCAGGAUAUGUUCCACCUGGUUACAAUGCAUUGAGGACUACACUUCUUCAAAAGGAAAAAAAGAACCUUGAGCUUCAUUUACAACCGAUCAAAGACUCAUGGAAUGCUAAAGGUGUGAGUAUAUGUAGUGAUGGUUGGUCUGAUCCGCAAAGAAGACCCAUCAUUAACUUGAUUGCUGCAAAUGCAAAUGGUCCGAUGUUGUUGAGGGCAGUAAAUACUCAAGGUGAAAUAAAAACUGGGGAUAUGAUUGCUGAUUUGAUUAUAGAAUGCAUAAAGGAGGUUGGUCAUGAAAAUAUUGUUCAAAUAGUCACCGAUAAUGCUGCGAAUUGUGUGAAAGCCGGUGCAAUUAUUUCAUCCAAGUAUCCUUCUAUCUUCUGGACACCAUGUGUAGUGCAUACCUUGAACCUUGCUGUGAAGAAUAUAUGUGCACCUUCGCUACAAACAAGAAACAAUGACGAUGUGUAUGAUGCUUGUAAAUGGAUAGGGCCUCUUGCAGAUGAUGUUUCUUUCAUCAAGAACUUCAUAAUGAACCAUGAGAUGAGGUUGGUGAUGUUUACUAAGCAUUGUGAUCUUAAGCUCCUUACAAUUGCUUCAACCAGGUUUGCCUCCACACUUGUGAUGUUUAAGAGAUUUAAGAAAAUAAAGACUGGUUUGCAACAUAUGGUAAUAGGUAAUAAAUGGGAUGAUUACAAGGAAGAUGAUGUGAGGAAGGCCGCUGCAGUGAAACAGAAGAUUCUAGAUGAGAUGUUUUGGGAUGAGCUUGAUUAUGUUGUAUCUUUUACUGAGCCAAUAUAUAGUAUGAUUAGACGUUCAAACACCGAUAAGCCGUCUCUUCAUUUAGUGUAUGAAUGGUGGGAAGAUAUGAUUCAGAAUGUGAAGAAAGCCAUAUAUAGGAAAGAAAAGAAACAACUACAUGAGGAUUCAAACUUUUGGAAUGUUGUGCAUAAGGUGUUGAUGUCUCGUUGGAGCAAGAGUAACACCAUAACUGAUGCCAACUUCUAUAAAAAAAAGAUGAAGAAAUGA